AUGCACACCGCCAACACCCUCACUCUCGCUCUCGCCACGGCGUCCGGUGCCCUCGCGGCACCGCUCGCAGCCAGGCAAGCAAACGAGUUCAGCCUCGCCAUGGCACUGGGCGACGGCGUCGUCGCACUGACCGCUGUCCUCAACGGUACCGACAUCGUCCUCGAGGCCGGCAGGCUCAGCGUCUACCCAGGGCAAGAAGCCCAUUUCAUCGGCGCGGACGCCUACCUGGCCGUGAUCCUCGACUUCACCAACAACACCGGCCCUCUGGCUGGCUACACGCAGUACGGCCUGGUUGUGCCGGACGUAGGCCACGUCGCCGGGGCUGCGGCUACCGUCACGGCCGUGAAGGACUACGACGACUUCGACUUCACCUUCUCCGUAGCUGACGGCGUCAUCUCCCACAAGCUGACCGCCACCACCAACACCUGGUUCGCAUGCGAGGACACCGUCAACGGCGAGCAGAACCUGGUCCUCAAAUGGGGCAACUCCAAGCAGGACGGCUCUCUUCCCGAUGGCUGCCAGCCCGCCACGUUCAUCCAGAACUUCAACAUCCCAGGCGGUCCUAGCUCUUGA